AUGCAGACUGCUUCUACAAACAUUUGUGAAAGACUGUGCCAUAAGUCCAUCCAUGAAAUUUCCUUGUUACUAAAUAUUCAACAGUCAACUGUUAGUGGUAUUAUAACAAAGUGGAAGCAACUGGGAACAACAGCAACUCAGCCACGAAGUGGUAGGCCACGUAAAAUGACAGAGCAGGGUCAGCACAUGUUGAAUCGCACAGUGCACAGAAGUCACCAACUGUCUGCAGAGUCAAUAGCUAACGACCUCCAAACUUUGUCUGGCCUUCAGAUUGGCACAACAACAGUGCAUAGAGAGCUUCAUGGAAUGGGUUUCCAUGGCCAAGCAGAUGCAUCCAAGCCUUACAUCACCAAGUGCAAUUCAAAGCAUUGGAUGCAGUGGUGUAAAGCACGCCGCCACUGGACUCUA